CUUUGUUUCUUCUCCACCUUUAUUACCAUGGCAGCUAGCUGCAUACUGGCCAAGCAAGUCCAAGUAAGGGAAAGGCGAAAGAUAGAUAUAUAUCUAUCGAGUUCUUUGAAAUCUCAGGAAUUCGAUCUUUGAUGAACGGAAAAUUCAUCCCAACCGAGGACUUUGGCAGUGCGGUCCGUUUGUUAUGGCUCCAUCGAAGAACUCGGUUGCCGUGAUUGGCACGUUCGAUACUAAGCUUCAGGAGUUUCUUUAUCUUAGGUCCCGGAUUUUAGAGCAUGACUCUUCCCUGAACGUCAUUCUAGUCGAUGCGGGCCGAUCCGACGUAGAUCACGAAGCUAUAACUAUCCGGCAGCAUGAAGUGCAAGAAGCUAGCGGGUUCCGAGGGGAUCUCCAAUCCCUCCCCCGAUCGGAUCUUGUAAAGACCAUGAUAAGCGGAGCUGCGGCGAUUUUACGACGACUUGAGAGCCUAGGCGAGAUCCAAGCUAUAAUUGGGCUUGGCGGGAGCUGCGGGACGACUGUUGCGUCCGCUGUCAUGCGAGAACUACCUGUUACUUUCCCGAAGUUAAUCGUAUCUACUGUCGCCUCGAGCGAUACGAGCUCUUAUGUCAGGGAGACGGACAUCACGAUGAUGUACAGCGUCGUGGACAUCGCAGGACUAAAUGCGGUGCUCAAAGCGGUCCUGGAUAAUGCCGCUGCCGCCAUCGCAGGCAUGGCAAAAGCAUAUGCUAAGAGAAUCAGCCUAGGACCUGCGGAUGCUAAUAGCGCGAAGAAAGGGGUCGGGAUUACAAUGUUUGGCGUCACUACAAAAGGGGUUGAUGCUACGCGCAAGUGGCUAGAGCGCAACGGAUUUGAAGUCUAUGUGUUUCAUGCCACCGGCGCUGGUGGGCGCGCGAUGGAGCGGCUGUUAGCGGAAAGUCGACUUCACGGUGUUUUGGAUCUAACCACUACCGAACUGGCCGACGAGUUAGUCGGCGGUGUCUUCCCUGCAGGCGAGGACAGGUUGACCGCCGCUUCCAAGGCAGGGUUACCCCAGAUCGUGAGUGUCGGCGCUUUAGACAUGGUGAAUUUUGGGCCCAAGGAUACUAUGCCUCAGAAGUUCCAGGAGAGGACGAUCUACGAACACAACCCGUCUGUGACGUUAGUAAGGACAACCAAGCAAGAAUGUGAGGAGCUAGGUCGGCGCAUCUCCCAGAGACUCAAGGAUAAUUGUAUCGAGCCUGGAUUGACCGAGGUGUGGCUCCCGCUGAGAGGCAUCAGCGCAAUCUCGAUCGAAGGCCAAGCGUAUUACGACAAAGUAGCCGACGAGGCCCUAUUCACAUCUAUUAAGAAGGGGCUUGAAGGCACUAAGAUAAAGGUUGUGGAAGUCGAUUUGGAUAUUAAUGACCCUAGGUGGUCAGAGCAAGUGGCACGAAGAUUGAGUGAGCUCUUCGAGAAGAAAAGCGAGAAGGCAACUGCCUGAUUACUACCAUGACCUCCUUUCGAAAUACGACAAUAGUUCCAACUUCAAGCUCACUGAGCGUCCCUGACAGCUUCGUUGAGGAGUCUGAGCGCCUUUCCAGACCUAGGUCUGAAGACCACAUCGAGUUUGCCGGGAUGACUUGAUAGUCCCGUACUAAACUUGAUGCUCU